AUGAGGAUUGCAUCAUUACUAAGUUUGGCGUACACCUUAGCCGUUGUAGCAGAUGCCGCGCCUAAACCAAACACAACCCGGAAUGAGUUGAACAAUGGCAGGAUUGUUGGUGGAAUUGAAGCCGAUCGUCACGAGUUCAAAUUUUUGGUCCACUUUCGUCUCGGAGACAAUUGCUGUGCGGGAUCCAUCAUAAGGGAGGACUGGGUCGUCACGGCGGCACAAUGCGGUCAAUGGGCCUACAAUAGUACUAUCACCGCCGGUGAUCAUAACCUUGAUGAGGUUGAAGGCACCGAACAAACGCGUCAAGUCGCUGGGUUUUUAAUUCAUCCAGAUUUUGAAUCCGGUUUGGCAAACCAGAACGAUAUCGCCCUCCUGUACGUCUCUCCACCUUUCGAAUUUAACGAGUACGUGCAGCCCGUCGUUAUUCCGGACAUCAACUUUGCACCAACCGCUGUAGCAACCGUCGCUGGCUGGGGUUCCCUAUCAGAGGGUGGUCCAUCUGCAUCCAACUUGAUGAAGGUUGAUGUUCCAAUGGUAGAUGAGGAGGAAUGUAAUUCAAAUCAUGCCGGCGUCAUUGUUCCAUCGAUGCUGUUAUGGCGAGGAUGGAAAAGAUGCAUGCGAAGGAGCUCUUCAGACACUGGUGGUCCACUCGUUUGCGGAGAUAACCAAACUUUAUGCGGGAUCGUAUCCUGGAACCGGGGCUGUGGCCGGCCAAAUCUUCCCGGGGUGUAUACAAAGGUUUCUCAAUUUAGCCAGUGGAUUCGAAGCAAUAUGAUUCCUGUUUAUGAGGAUCCAAGUCCCGUCGAAUCGAUUACGACUUGUGGUGGCCAUAUUAACGCUACCUCGGCCGAAAUCUCGUUCCAACUCGGCUCAUCCAUCCGUGCCGAUCAGAGAUGCGUUUGGAUCAUAACAGCUCCAUAUUCCUACCUCCGAUUCCGACUUACUAGUUCCGGCCUUAGCGAAAACGAUGGACUUUUCUUGACUCAAUUUUUUCUUAAUCGACCAGGCGAUCAGGAGCGAAUGACAUCUAUCGGCGAAGACUAUUUUCUCACUUCAGGCUUCGCGCUUGUCACCCUUAACGUUGGAAACGCUCCAAGUCGCGGAUUCCGUUUAGAAUUCUACUCCUCCAUGUUUCCCGAUUCACAAGACUUAACAAGUCUUCAACCCCUUAACACGAACAUUGGCAACAUUUCUUACCCCGUUGGUGGGGGGAAUUACAGACUUAAUGAAAAUGCUCUCUUUGUAAUCAAUCCCAUUGUUCCGGCCCAGCGGACAGUAAUGUUUACCAGGAUGGAUGUCGAAUAUGGUUCCGUUUGUCAGUACGACGCUGUCACGAUUUACAACUGGUUUAAUAACCAAUACGUCCAAGUUGCUAAAGUUUGCGGAACAUCACUGCCUCCAUUGACCACUUUUGAAUCUGGAGUGGGUUUGAUUACUUUUCAGUCGGAUAGUUCUGUUGUUGGGACGGGAUUCGAUUUUGAAUGGGUUUAAAGGCCACACGGGUUAUGAAAUUAUUUAGAGCUAAAUGUAAAAUAAUUAAGGAUUUAAAAUUCUGCUGUAUUUCGAUUUCUACAACUUUUAUUGUCCAAGCAUGCCAAGAUACAUAGACAUGUACGUACUACACUUUUCAUUUAAAUGGGCCGCGGGUACAUUCAUAAAAUAAGCUCAGUACUAUUCAAACUUCGGUCAUAAGUUUUGUAACCUUUUAAGUUGAAUUUAUUGUAUUGGUACGUAUCUCAUUCUCAAAUCUUAAACACUACCCAGGAGGUCUUAUGAUAAUUAAUUUCGAUAAUUAAUCGACGAAAAUUUAGGCAAGAAAUUUGGUAAAUUAAUUUUAUCAAUAUACUCUGAUGGUUCUGUAGAAAUUAUUAUGUAUCUAUUUAGCUUAUAUCGCAAAGUGGUUCUU